AUGGUUGACAAUGACGCGGACGACCAGGUGCCGGUCGAUGAUCUGACACCUGAGGAAGCCAGUCGCAUCAUCCACUCGCACCGCAAAGUUCGCUACGGGACCGCCUGCUGGCCAUGCCGUCAGCGCAAGGUCAAGUGUGACAACCAGCAGCCGUGUGAGAACUGCGUCAAGCGAGAACACCCUCAGCUCUGCUCUUAUAAGCCGAACCGAUCGUCGGCGAGCAAGCACAAUGCCGCCGCCUCUCACAGCCGCAAGAGGGCUCGUUCACCGUCCGACGGAGACGACAAUGUGAAAGAUGAGCGCCAAGAAAGCUGGCCUCCAGCAAUUGGACUGUCCACAGGCCAGGACGACUCUGACUCGGUACCUGACCGUUAUGUUGGACAAAACAGCAUCCCGGCGCUGCUAGGAGAGCAAUCGCCCAACAACAAAGAGGACGGCACCGACAUCCGACGGGACAUGAGAUCCAUUCUGGGGCUUGACACCUCCGCGCCCUUUCCUCUCAUGUCAUCCACUCACCUCCAGCGGCUUGCUCGCGAUAUCGCCACUGAGCUGCCGUCGGAUAGAGAGGUUAUGAAACUUUUCCGUACUUACAAGGAGAUCCCGCAGCCGUUUUGGGGUUUCGUUCUCGACAUUGAUGAGCUCGAGUCCAAUCUCAUGAUUUAUCUAGAAGAUCGAUCCCGAAAUGCAUCAAAGUCCGGGAAAACCUCGAGGCCCGUGACGGCCUCUUGGCUGGCCAUUCUCUUUGCAGUCCUGGCAGUCGGCUCCCAGUACCACGAGUCCCCGUACCAUAUCCGCACAAAGGAUUCGCAAAAAUACAUUCAGAUAUCUUUCCAUCUACUCCGGCUGGCCAACUUUUUGUUGAGGCCGUCGUUUGACUCGAUCCAAGCAUUGUUGUUGACAAACUUUGUUCUUCUCAAUGACAUGAAGGCUGAAGCAUCGUGGGCGCUCACCGGUCUUACAUGUCGCCUCGCUCAAUCCUUGGGGUUGCAUCGCCCGACCAUCCGGGCCAGUCGAGAGAAUUCACCCCCUGCCGCCAAGUCCAAGGAAAUGAUCCGUCGCAGGCUGUGGUGGUCAUGUGUUUGGCAUGAUACCCUGACAUCCUUGUCGUUUGAUCGAAGUUCGAUGACAAACAUUCCGAGCUGCCCGAUUCCCCACAAUUUGGAUGCAACAAUUGGAAACUAUGGCUAUCUGGAGAUGAUGUAUAACCUCAUCGAGAUUAUUUCGCGGCGACUCAAUCCCGAUGUAAUGGCCUCGGCUACCUACGAGCAAAUCUUUGAGAAUUGCGAGGUCGUCGAGGAGCUUCGUAAACGGGCAGCACCCCAUAUGCAGGACAAGGAAAAGUGCAAGACGGCACUGGAUCGUCUCCAAUUCUUCGCCAUCCGCCUCCACACGUCCUUUGUUAUAUCUGUCGCGUGCCGACCGGCCCUCCGAAGGGACUGCACCUUUGACCCGGCGCAAAAGCAGGCUCUGACAGAUAGAUGCAGGAUCAAUUUGACCGAGACGGUGAAAAUGUUCCUCGCCAUGCACCAGCUUUCGGUGAUUCCCACGCGAAGCUGGGCCUUUACAUACCAUGGCCUGUCAUCGGCCCUGCUGCUUGGCCUUUCUUCCGAUACCAAGUCCGACCCCGAGGUCCGACAGCUCCAGGGAGAUCUGAUCGAAGCACUCUCCGCGACGGCGGCCAAGGAGGUUAGCUCCCCAGAGGCUCAUGUCGCCAAGACUGAUAAAGACAUUGAGCUCUCGGGUCCCCUGUGGAGAGCACUUACAGCCCUCAAGAACAUCUACGACCACGGACAAGUCAACAUGUCGAGCCUGAAGCGGGAAGGCGACCUAUCUGCGGUUGCCAGUGGAAGCAGGACUCCUUUGCAUCUUGGGUUGAAUGGCCAGGGCGGCUUCAAUGCCAUGAUAUCGAAUCCUUCGUUCCGCCCAUUGCCUCAGGUGACUGACGCCCGCGAAGACGCGGCAAUGGCCAUGGCCGAGAUGCAAAACGGCUCAUCCAUACAGGACAUGACAGCGAUGAGCUACCCUCAGCAAAUGAAUAGCAGUCUUGCUAUGGACGGCAUACCGCCCAUUGUCGAUCCUAUGCAAUACAACGCACCCAUGGAACUGUACGAUUCCAUCUGGGUUGAAUCCCCUCCAGAUCCAUGGAACACUGGCAUGGACGCCUUCAACUUUGACUUCCUGGCACAACCUCCACCAGGCCAGAAUCACCAACAAUAUUAUUUCUAA